CACAGAAUAACAAGAUUCCUAUGAGUUCAUAAAAGUAUUUUAUCCUCCGGGCAGUUCUUAGAGCACAUGACGACAGUUUAGCAGUUUAAUUGAGUCGGUCUGGGUUGCUAAGCUAACACGAAGUGAACAUUGUAGCGGUAAACUGAAGUAUUAGGGCUGAGAGUGGACAGUUUCAUUUCCUGUAAAGUGACUGAGGAUGAUAUGAUGGCUGUGGGGGAUCCCAUUCUCCUGUCAAGUCCUGAUACCUCAGUGUGAACAAUCUGGUGCAGCCACAUUUCUUCCCGCAGCAGCAUAUGAGAAAAUGACAGAAAAACACCUUCCUCCUGAUGAACCAGAAACUUAAGAUUCAGCUUGAAUGACGUAUACUUCACACCUGAAAAUAUCUAAACCUGCAGCACAACCACAAGUCAAUGUUUUCCUGCCUACCUCCAGCCCAGAUGAGAGGCCCAGACAUUUGCCAUGGAAGUAGUGGUUACUGUUGGUCUGGCUUUAUCAAGAACUGGUUAUCUGUUUAGUUGGAGUUGACAUUGAAAAUCACCAACUUCAGGUCAGCAAGAGGAGGAGGAGCUGUCAGCCAUUCAUUUAUUAGUUUUCUCAACUGUCAAAUUGUUUACUGUGAUCACCCAAAACUCUGCCACAAAACCAGCCUUUAGAAAUAAGGACGACAUCGCUGGUUUUUACCAUGCCAACCAACCAGUCCUCCCCCUGGGGUGGUGGGAAGCUUGUGGCUUGUUCUAGUGCAGAUCAUCCCAACACCACAACCCCUGUAAGUGCACAAGCCAAGACAGUUAGAGCCACAAAAGUGCCUUAUAGUUAUGUCUCCUUUGAGCUAUCCAGGAAAAAUGACCAAGCCAAGUCACCGGUGGUUGCUGUUUGUGAAAAAGGCGACGGCACCUUCACCGCUGUAUCAGAUGGAACUCUAACCCCAAACAAACUGCUGGUACCAGGGCUGAAGCAGACUGGCUGCAGCCUUACAGAGGCCAGUAACUCGUCCUCUGUGCCCAAGAUGGAAAACCAGGUUGGCCUUAAUGUCCAGCUGCCAGAUACCAUGCCAAAAUCUACAUCGUCUGAGAGCUCUCAGUCUGCAAACAUUUCUGCAGUGGAGAGUCAUCAGGCUGCCACAGGCGAUGCACUUAUGGGACUGGGGACAGUGUCUCAUCAAGAUCUGUUGAUUAUAGGGAAGCAGGCUUCCCAGCACACCAAGAAGCUGACGUGUGAGGCUGCAGACUGUUUCUCUUUGCCACCAGUGCCUGAUAUGUGCCUUAGUCUUUGUCAACAUCAGGGGCCAGCUGUGGAGAAGGAUGCUUCCAGCCUCCACAGCACAAACGCUGAGACGAGAAGCACAGGAGGAGAAGCGAAACCUCCACAGAGGAGUUAUUCAAUCCCACCAGCAGCAAAAUACGUUUUGGGAGCAACUACAAUCGCCAAGUCCCAAAAAAGAGCAUCACUAGAUCUAACCAAGCAGAUCCCAUAUAGUCUGCUGGGAAGAACCCAGCCCGCAUGCAAACGUAUCAGUUCCUUUCCAAACAGUCCCACGCCACCUUUGAAAUGUGCCAGUGACUCAGAAAAGCCACCUCCACCAGACGCUGCUGCAGGAGCCUUGGUGGGCUCAAUGACCAAUCAGAUUUCAGCCAUUCACCUCACAAGACAGGGACAGCCAGCCUCCGCAUCAGAUUUCUUUCCAUCCCUUUCCUCGCCUUCACCGACACAGGAAUCCCUGCUUGAGGAGACUCUCCCUCCCCCUGGCCCGGAGCAUGCUGCACAGGUGGGUGCAGAAGAAGAGGAGCUAGCUGAUGAGCUUGCCUGCAGCGAUGACGACAGCUCAUCCAUCGCUGGCUCUUCAUCCGGAGGGUGCAUCACUCUCCCCUCCUGCAUCGAGGAGCCAAUGUCGUUGGAACCAGGAGACAGUCAAGAGGAGCAACCAGCACUAGUUCCCAGUCUGUUUCCCCGUAUCCCUCCGACCCUCUAUUUCAGCACCGCCAAUGAGAAAGUGGAACUGCUUCCUGCAGAGCAAAGGCGACUGUUAAAAUGGAAGAUGAGCACCGUAACUCCUAAUAUUGUCAAGCAAACCAUCGGCAGAUCACACUUCAGAGUCACAAAGAAAAGCCAUGACUGGCUGGGCUGCUGGGGACACCACAUGAAGUCUCCUGGCUUCAAAGCUCUUGGAGAACACCAGAAGCUGAACCAUUUUCCAGGAACAUUUCAGAUUGGGAGAAAGGACCGGCUGUGGAGGAACCUAUCCAAGAUGCAAGUCCGCUUCGGCAAACAAGAGUUCAGUUUUUUCCCCCAGACCUUUGUUCUUCCUCAAGACAUCAAGCUGCUCCGCAAAGCCUGGGAGGAAGGGGGCGCCAAACAAAAAUGGAUCAUCAAACCCCCCGCAUCAGCCAGAGGAAUAGGCAUUCAGGUUAUCCACAAGUGGAGUCAGAUGCCUCGUAAAAGACCUCUACUUGUGCAGAAGUAUCUAGAUAAGCCCUACCUCAUCAGCGGGAACAAGUUUGACUUGCGGCUCUACGUCUACGUGACAUCUUACAACCCGCUCAGAGUCUACAUGUUCUCAGAUGGACUGGUUCGAUUUGCUAGCUGCAAGUAUUCGUCUUCCAUGAAGACUCUGAGUAAUAAGUUCAUGCACCUGACCAACUACAGUGUCAACAAGAAGAACUCUGAGUACCAGACCAACAGUGAUUACAAGGCCUGCCAGGGGCACAAAUGGGCUCUGAAGGCCUUGUGGCAGUACCUCGGGUCAAAGGGAGUCAAUACCACCCCGAUAUGGGAGAAGAUUAAAGACAUCGUGAUCAAAACUAUCAUAGCGUAAGUUUGCCUGCUCAGUGGCUGGCUGCAG